AUGCUUGCCCACGCCGCCAAAACCCCCUCAAUCGUCCCUUCGCGGAAUGCCCUUCGAGUAUUACGGCAAUUAGCCCUGGCCGGCUCAACGGUCGGUGGAUUCUGCACCGUGGCAGUCCUCACAUACGAAGCACAUCGUCGAGUCCGCGUCGCCGAAAAAAUAAUCGACAACAAGCGAACAUUACACAACACCGCACCAAACUACGAUGCAACCUCUGCCGCCAAAAGAUUGAAGGUGAUGGUGGAGGCAGCAGAAGCAGGCGAGUUCAUGGGCAUUGAAUCUCUCAAGGCUAGGAAUCGGAACUUGCCUGAUGGGCCACUGGAGCCAGGGUCAGAUGUCGGUGAAUUGGAAGCAGCGAAGUACCCCAAGCGCAAGCCGAUGAUUUCUUUACAGAAACAUCAUGCUCGUUUCAAACAUAAGCUUUUCACGGGCUAUCGAAAGCAACCAUUCGGCGAGUCAACCCCCUUCCACGCAGGACUGAAGGCCCGGAACGAGAGAAUACUGGCCCGUGAAAGGAAACAGGCUGCGGAUGCCAAAGGUGAUGGAAAGCUUCCCUUUGAGGCGGAAGUUCGCAAGUUGAUCGACGAAGAUCGGGAGAUCACUGCUGCGAACUUGUUCCUUGCGGCUACCGCGGCUACGAACAGCAUAUCGUGGGAACGCAGGGAGAUCGGUUGCUACAUAUUCACGGCAAACUGUACCAAGGGAAACCUUUUCGUUGCUCGGACUCUGUUCAAUCGCUUGGACAAAGUCAGUGUCGUCUCAAACGAAAUGUGGGCCACUAUUAUGCACCUGCUCGCGAAGGAAGGCCACAUCGACUCGGUUGGUGCCAUCUACGAUAGAUUCAGGACAAGCUUUCUCGUCCCGACACAUUUGUUGGAGGUGAUCCUUCGGUGCCUCAUCGAGUCCAAACGAUUGGAGUCGGCAAAGUAUCUCUUCUUCCAGCGUUUCAGGGAUGAUCGAGACUGUGGAUUGUGCGGCGCUUAUCUGGAUGGAAUUUGGAGAAAGACCCGGAGUAUGGAGCUGGUUUCUUCGCAACUUCAACUCAUUGUCAACCGUCUUGAAUCACUUGACCGCAAACCAACCGAGAAGCUGUUCAAUCCCGUCAUCAAAGCCAUGGUAGAAACUGGGAGAGCCGAAGAAGCGGAAGCAUUGGUGACAGAUAUGCUUGAAACCUAUGGAGCCAAACCUGGGUGUCGCACCAUUGGCCUAAUUAUGUACAGCCGAGCACUCGCUUGUGAGUGGGACAGGGUUAUGGAUGGAAUGCAUGCGAUGCAUGAGCACGGAUACACCUCCGAUAAGAAGGACUUUGCCAUUGCGUUUGACCGUGUGUUUUUGGAAUACUAUCCUACCCACACAGGCAGCCAAAUCUUCGACUUCCUUGUUUCUUGCAUCAAUGACUUCGAUCUCAAGCCAGACAGGGUUCUCCACCGACACAUACUUGAAGCAUUGAUUGAAAAGGGCACAGAGGAGAUGCUCACCACUAUCACGGUCAUGGCCGAAGAAGGCAAAUGGGACACUGGUCUCGAUCACAAUGAGAUCAGGGAUCUUGUCAAGACACGACGACUCGCAAUGACUGAUAGCCCGGUUGGCAUUUGGCGGAUGAUGCAAACCGCCAAGAAUGGAUCACUGCAUUCGGCUUCCACCCGGCGCAUCUUUGGCACAAGUUCUGAGAGCUGGACAGUGCGUGGAGAGAAGAUCGCCCCCAUCCACCUGCCCGCAGAAAAAAGUUACUCCAAGACCCUGGACAUGAUGGCCACCAAAAGUGCGAAUCUGUUUAUCCCACUGCACCAGCGAAUGCAACAUUGCAUCAACAUGGGCAAACACGAUGAUGCCCUGAGAAUGUACAAUGAUGCGACUAAUGCCGGCUUCGUUGUAAGGCCCAUCCACUUGACAUUGGCUACCAUUGCUGCACUCCUCGGACACAGCAAGCUAGGUCUAGCGAACGCCCGACGAUUGAUCUGUUCGGAAUGGGACUACUGGAAGAUGACCCCCUCCCUUCGUUAUACCAAGCGUUUCACCUCUUGGACCCCAAUGUUCUUCCAACGGGUGAUGAGGGUGGACCCAGCGGCUAUUGGUCGUGGUGGCUUGCUCAAGAUGGCCCUGUUUGAAUACUACAACGUCUGUGCCAGGACCGACGGUCUCGCGGUCAAGCACUUCUCCGCCGCUUCCUCCAGUCGCCAACUCAUCACCGGAGGAGCACCAGAAGUGGCCGUGGAUCUUCUCACCACGAUUUACCAAUCCCGCUGGCGCAUCUCCCAUGGCUUUGACCAAGUUCUUUUGAAAAUGUUGAUGCGUGCCUAUGCUAGUCUCGGCAACCUCAAAGGCGUUUGGUGGUGCAUAUUGACAAUGCUCUCACGCACCGAGACUAUCAAGCGAGACUUCGUUGUCGAGGCCAAGGACCAAAUGAACACCUUGGCCAAAGGCUCACUGUCCACUGCCUCUGACGAGGCCACCGAGCAAUUCAAGAUCCUGCAAAACACCGUCGAGGUGCUGGAAGCCAAGUCUAAAGGCGAUUCGCACUGGUCAACCAUCAGCGUGCGCCCGGACUUGAAGAAAUCCGCGCGAGCCCAACGGCUCCAACUUAAUGACCAGGCACAUCUGAUCCCGACUACCAGUCUGGAGGAGUUGAUCCUCUCAUUUGACGAAGAGAGGGAGUUGGAUCGUUUGCUGCAGCGCAAGCAGUUCGAUGCGGUCGGUCACGCCAAGUGGUGGGCGGAAUCCCAUCUUUGUAUGAUCCACUCUGCCAGCCCCGAAGAUCCCAUUUACCCUGAGACCAAAGACUUGACUUGGGAUCAGUACUAUCCCAAGCAGGAUCCCAAGAAGUAUGCCCAGUACCACCUCGAGUUUACCCCUUCCGAGUCAGAGGAACAGGCACCUUCCGAGUCAGAAGAUCAGGAGCAGAUGGAGUAUGGGAUGUGUUAG